AUGCGGCAGCAACCACUUCCGCUCCCACCGCGCAUGCGGGCGCCGACAGAUCGCGAGCCCGCCGCCGGCGACGGCACGGCCAGGCCGCCGGAGCGCCGGCAGCAGCAGCUGGGGCAGGGGAGGAGGCCCUACCGCGCGGCGGAGGGCGACGAGGCUCCCGUCCCCGUCAGGACCAGGCCGCCGGAGCCUGAGCCGCAGCCGCCGCGGCCUCGGCCGGCCACGAACCACGCCGCCGAGGCCCGGGCGGCACUCCUCGCCGACGUGGUUAGGCCGCCGGCCCAGGCGGAGAGGGCUCCGGAGGGCCGAACAACUCGAGAGGCUCCCGUCACAGCCGCCGUGGCCAAGCCGCCGGAGCGCCGCGCGACUCCGGAAGCUCCCGCCGCAACCGUGGCCAGCCCGCCGGGGCAGCCGCACGGCGCGCGGGAGGGCCGCGCAGCUCGUGAGGCUCCACACGCCACCGUGGCCAGGCCAUCCCAGCAGCCCAACGGCGUUCCAGACGGCCGCGCCGCUCAGGAAGUGGCCAAGCCACCCGGGCAGGCCAACGGUGUUCCAGAGGGACGCGCGGCUCAGGAACCUCGCGCCCCCGCCGUGGCGAGGCCGCCAGAACCGCAGCCGAACCCCUACUACGUGCCGGAGGGCCCCGUCGCGACCACCGACAGGCCGCCGUCGCCUCCCACCUGGCCGUACCCGUACUACUACCAGCCAGAACAGCCCCGACGUCGGCGCCGCGCCUCCCCACUAACAUCCUGCCUCCUGGCAGCGGUCUUCCUCCUGCUGGCCGGCGGCGGGGCCGCCGCCGCGCUGUUCCUCCUCUUCCGCCCGCGGCCUCCGGACAUCGCCGUGUCGGCGGUGCGGCUGCCGUCCUUCGCGGCGGCCAACGGCACCGUGGCCUUCACCUUCGAGCAGCUGGCCACGGUGCGCAACCCCAACCGCGCGCCGCUCGCGCACUUCGACAGCUCGCUGCGCAUCGCCUACGCCGGCGGGGAGAUCGGCUCCAUCUACAUCCCCGCGGGCCUCAUCGACAGCGGCAGCACCAAGCACCUCACCGCCAGCUUCGCCGUCCAGGCAUUCCCCGCGGCCACGCCGCCGCCAACGCCGCUGCAGAUGGCCGCGCAGCAGCCGGCAGCCGCCGCCGUCGUCAUGGAGGUGGACUCGCUGCUGGUGGUCAAGGGGAGGGUCAAGAUGCUCGGGGUGCUCACGCACCGGGUGCAGGCAUCCAAGAUGUGCCGCGUCGGCGUCUCGCCCAUGGACGGCAGGGUGCUUGGCUUCCGCUGCUGAUUCCCUACACUGCUUGCUAGUUCUAGAGAGGUUUGGAUUCAACUGUAAGAAAUCAGGUCAGAAUUUUACAGCAAACGAGGCAGUUUCGACUAGAAUUGUGUGAAAUACCCAGGGCCAAAACGUUCAUCAACCGAACGAAUUGGAAAUGUGGGAAUGAAAUGGCCUGUUGU